AGGCGAUGUUCUCCCCGGUGCUCUGGUGUCACCCGGCAGCUGUCCCUGCUUUCCAGCAGCAGCAGCACAACCUGCAAAUAGUCCACUUUCAGGGGCACAGAGGUGAGGUUCUUGCUGUUAAUGGGACUGGCAAGCAUGCAGACAGCAGAUUUCUGAGCUUGCCCUUAGACCUGCACGCAGCCAGGAAUAUCCAGCUAUUUCCAUGUCUGCCUCCUAGCUCUUUUCCUUCCCCUCCUCUUCCACUUCCCCAGAGAAAUCUGGAAAAGACCCCGAAUGUCUCUUGCCUCAAACACUGCAGGUACAUGGAGGAAUUGGAGGGAGUGAGCAAAUUAUUUCAGUGAGUCGGAGGGUUAGGGUGGUUGUGAGAUGCGGCACUAGCUAACAGUCAGAAGCAGAACACAAGACCCAGAGGGGAAGUGGGGAAGGAAAGAAAACCUGACACACGUUCACCAGAAGAAUGUGAAAGAGAGCAAGAAACCCAAGGAAGGAUUUGCACUGAUGGAUUUCCAGCUCAGGGGAAUAAAACAGAACGGUAUGAGACACCCAGAUGAAACCAGAAGUGAUGUGAAAGUAGAGGGAAGCAGGAGCCAUCCACAGCUGCACAAACUGCCCUGAGAGCUGGAGGGAUGGGAAGCCCCCAGGCAUCCCCAGCCCGCGAUGUGAGCAAAAGGAGACAGCUUCGGUGAAGACUAAAUGCUUCAAAGUGCACUUUGUGUUCCCAGAUGAGCCACACCGAGUCCCCGGCAGGGCAAUAUCCCUCAUCCUUCUCCAUCCCAGCCAUCUCCCAGGGCAGUUUCACUCGGACAGGCUGUUCUCCAGGGCCUGUCUCCAGCCACGGCACAGUGUCACCAUGAGCAGUCCCUUCCACUGCUGCUGGCCCUGAGCAGUGAAUCCCGGAGGAUUGGUAAGAGCUGGCCCAGGAUCUGUACAAUUCUCAGCAUUGCUGCUUCCCUCUUGUGGUGAGGAAACAGCCCGAGAGACGGACGUGGUACGGAGGUGGUACGGACGUGGUACCCGUGGGCAGUGGUAGACAGGUCUCAGCCAAAUCACCAGUGGGAUAAAGCCUGGAUCUCUGCUUGGAAAGUGUGGAAGUCAGCUCCAGCAUUUGGGCUGUGGACCUGAAAAGCAUCUGAAGAAGUGCAGAAGGAAGCAAAAACGCUGUCUGCAAGCUCCUGGCUCCAGUUAAUUACAAUGGAUAGUUGUAAGAUACAUGAAAAUGCCUCCAAAUGCAGUGUGAACACCAUGGAGUGCUUCAUGGUCCUCAGCACGCAAGCGCAGAAGAUAAGCAUUGCCACACUGUGUGGCCUCUUUGGGACACUGUGCAUUUUUGAGAACUCUUUGGUGCUGUACUUGAUCUUCUCCUCCCCCAGGACAAGGAGAAAGCCUUCCUACCUCUUUAUCAGCAGCCUAGCCUUGGCUGACAUUCUGGCCAGCAUCAUCUUUGUCUGCAGUUUUGUUAACUUCCAUGUCUUUAAUGAAACCAAUUUCUCUAAAGAAAUGUUCCUGCUGCAGCUGGCAGGGGUGAACACGUCCUUCUCCGCUUCUCUGAGCAGCUUGCUGCUGACAGCCCUGGACCGUUACAUCUCCAUCAGCCGACCAUCCAAAUACAAGCUCCUCAUGACGAGGAAGAGAGCAUGGAUAGCCCUAGGGGUGCUCUGGGUGACAUGUGCGACCAUUGCUUCCCUGCCCCUCUUGGGCUGGAACUGCUGCACGCUUGACUCGACAUGCUCCGAGCUGUUCCCAUUUGUGGAUGACAACUAUCUGUCGAGCUGGAUCUGCUUCGUCAUGGUCCUGCUGGGGUUUAUCAUCUACGCCUAUGCGCACGUGCUAUGGAGGGCUCACCAGCACGUGGCCUACAUGGAGAAGCACCAAGCGCAGGCAGGAAAGCAAAACACCAGGAUGAGGAUGGACGUCAUGCUGGCCAAGACCCUCGUCAUGGUGCUGACUGUCCUCGUGCUGUGCUGGUCUCCGGUCCUCGUCCUCAUGAUCUACAGCAUCUUUGCCAGGCUGAGCAAUCACCUGCGCAAGGUGUUUGCCUUCUGCAGCACCCUCUGCCUGCUCAAUUCCAUGGUGAACCCCAUUAUUUAUGCCCUGCGGAGCAAGGAGCUAUAUUCCUCCCUGAGGAUGGUCUUGUCUCGGUUCAGGAGGCAGCUGAAGGCCUCUGAGGAAAGCCCAGAAGCAGAAAGCACCCGCAAGUCCUCCGUGAUAGAGACGGUCUGUGAGGACAUGCAUGUAACAUAGGGAAGCAGCUGUGGAAAGUCUGCGCUCGGGCUGGCAGAAACAGUCUGGAUCACUUUUGUUUUUCUUUUCCUUUCUUAUGGAGGUCCUGGAAGAUGAGGGGUCAGAGGCCUGUCAUGGAGCCAGCUCCUGCUGAUGUUAUUCUUAGACCCUGGGACAUAAAGUGCGCAGACUUACAC